CUGCAGACGUGUGGUGGUGGAGUUGCGUCUGGCAUUUAAAUUUUAAAAGCAGUCGUCCGCUAGUACACGAUUCUAUCCCCUUAUACUCGCGUCGCGUCGUCGACGUCGUCAUUGAGCUGUUAUUAGUACUCCGACUUCGCUAUCGCACGUGCGUGACUGUGUUCGAAAAAGAACGUUAUCUUUAUAAUCGCGGAUCGAAUCGUCAAAUGUUUCGGCCUGCUGACACGCGAGUCGCGCACGCUACAACACCGGACCACAGUGUAUAAUGUCAAAACGUUUGUUGCAAAAAUUCUUCAAGAGUAAUAAGAAGCUGAUCGACGUCGGCAAGCAGCAGCAGCAGCAGCAUUAUCAUCAGCAGCAGCAGCCGCCGCCGCCGCUGCCACCGACGCAGCAGCAGCAACAGCAGCCGCCGCGAAGUAACCAACCGUCUUUGCAGAAACGCAAAAUUUCUAACCUGCAAGGGACGUCAGAUUUCGGCGAGUGCAAAAGGAAUAAAAUGACCGAGCAGUCUGACGACAUGGGCGAGAAGAAAGCCGAGAGGAAGAUCGAGGUCGAGUACCUCGAGGCUCCGUUCAAGUCCGAGAGCGAUAAAAAGGAAUACAGAGUCAUUAAAUUGCCAAAUGGUUUGGUGGCCUUGCUGAUAUCAGAUCCCUCGGGUGCACAAGAAAGUCAGGGAAAAGAAGCUGCUACUUCGGAUGAAGAGACAGAAGAUGACGAAGAACACGAUGAAGAGGAUAAGACAGAUGAAGAAGGGGAUGAUGAAAGUGAAGGUUCGUGUUUCGAAGAAGAUGAAGAAAGUGGCGUUGAAAAGAAGGGCAAAAAGUCUUCAGAAGAAGGAGAAAAAAUGGCAGCGUGUGCUCUGUGUGUGGGUGUAGGAAGCUUCAGUGAUCCACCAGAAAUUCCAGGAUUAGCACACUUUUUGGAACAUAUGGUCUUUAUGGGUUCCAAGAAGUAUCCAGAGGAGAAUGAGAUGGAUCAGUUUUUAAAGAAAAGAGGAGGUUCAAAUAACGCUUGCACAGAUUGUGAGCAAACCACUUUUUACUUUGAAAUUCCAGAGAAACAUUUGUUCCCAGCCAUGGAUCGUUUCGCACAAUUUUUCAUUUCUCCCUUAAUGAACAGAGAUGCUAUUUCCAGGGAAAGGGAGUCUGUUGAAAGUGAAUUUAGAAUGGCAUUUACACACGAUUCUAACAGAAAGGAUCAGUUGUUCUGCACUUUCGCACAACCGGACCAUCCAGCAGCAAAGUUUGCUUGGGGAAAUUUAACAACUCUACGUGAUAAUGUUGAAGAAGACAAGCUUUAUUCUAGCUUACAUGCUUUUAGAGAAAGACAUUACAGUGCUCAUCGAAUGACACUAGCCGUUCAGUCACAAAAUUCAUUAGACACUUUGGAGGAGUAUGUCAAAGAAUAUUUUUGUGAUGUACCUACAAACAAUUUGCCUUCUGAAGAUUUUAGUGAAUUCAAUGGUAGAACUUCGUUUGAUACUGAUGCUUUUAGAAAAAUUUACAAAAUUCGACCAAUCAAAGAUGUUUGUCAAGUUGAGUUGACAUGGGUGAUGCCAUCACUGCACCACUUAUAUGAAAUUAAACCGCAUCAAUACUUGUCAUGGAUAAUUGGCCACGAAGGGAAAGGUUCAUUGAUUAGUUACCUUCGUAAAAAAAUGUGGUGCCUUGAUAUUUUUAGCGGUAACAGUGAGAGCGGUUUUGAGCACAGUUCACUAUAUGCACUUUUUAGUCUCAGUUUAUUACUCACUCGUGAAGGUCAAGAAAAUUUUGAUAAAGUCUUAGAAGCAGUCUUUUCGUACAUAAAUUUAUUACGACGAGAGGGACCAAAUAAGAGGUUGUUUGACGAAAUUCAACAGAUUCAGGGCAUUAACUUUAGGUUCACAGAUGAAACUGAACCAUGUGAUUAUGUAGAAAAUUUAUGUGAAAAUAUGCAGUUAUAUCCAUCGAUCCAUUACAUAGAAGGACCGAAUUUAACGUUCAAUUACGAUGCAGAUGUUAUUCAAGAGUGUCUCGAUGCUCUAAACCCAGCUGAUGUAAAUAUUCUCACAUUUGACAAGAAGUAUAAUGAAGAUGAAUUUGACAUGGUUGAACCUUAUUUUCAAACGCGGUAUCAAUGUGUAGAAAUAACUGAAAAGUGGAAACAAGAUAUGGCAGAAAUUGAACCUUACCCUGAAUUUCAUUUACCAAAUCCAAAUAUUUAUAUAACAGAUGAUUUUACGCUCAUUGAUUUACCCGAGGACGUAAAACCUUAUCCCGAAAAAAUUCAUAGAGAUGAAAAAGUUGAAAUUUGGUAUAGACCAGAUCCAAAAUUCCGACUUCCAGAGGCCUACGUUUAUACAUACUUGAUAACUCCUUUUGCCACGCACUCUCCGAAAUCUUCUGCCUUGAUAAGAAUGUUUUGUUUAAUAACUAAACAAUUACUCAUUGAAGAAGUUUACGAGGCUUCAGCAGCUGAAUUAAAUUACUCAAUAGAUAUAGGUGACAAAGGUUUAUGUAUAUGUGUAUAUGGUUUUAAUCAGAAAUUACCACUUUUAUUGAAAACAGUAUUAAAGCACAUAGCUAACUGCCACAAUGGUGUUACAGAAGCACUUUUUAAUAUUAUUAAGGAGGAAGUUAUAAAAGAUUACUAUAACACUUUCAUUAAACCAUCUCAACUUGGAAAGGAAGUGAGACUGUCAAUUCUAACUACUGGUGGGUCAACAUCGCUUGACUGUCAUCGAGCUGCUAGAGAAAUGACGUACGAGGAUUUCUUAGUAUUUGCGAAAGAUUUCACUGACCAUUUUUAUGUGAAAUCUUUGAUUCAAGGCAACAUGAAAAAAGAGCAGGCACUAAAAACUAUUUUCGAGGCUUUUGAACCUUUAAAUUAUCUUCCCAUUUUGCCAAACACUUUCCCACGCAUACAAGUGCAUGAAAUUCCAAAUGGAGAAAAAUGUUGCAGAGUUCAAAAUUUCAAUAAAAUGGAUGUGAAUUCAGUUGUCACAAACUACUAUCAAUCUGGAUUGUCAAAUCUAGAACUAUCAGUUCUCAUUGAAUUUUUAUUGUUAAAUAUGGAUGAACCAGUGUUCAAUCAAUUGAGAACGAUAGAGCAACUUGGUUAUCACGUUUUUUGUCAAUUCAAAGACACUUACAAUGUUUUGGGUUAUUCUGUCACAGUCUGCACCCAAGCCAAUAAUUUCAAAGUGGAUUACGUAGAUGAAAGGAUUGAAAAGUUUAUCCAAGAUAUGAUCAACAUGUUCAAAACCAUGAAAGAUGAAGAUUUUGAACUUUCAAAGGAAUCUCUCAUAAAAUUGAAGAUGAUCGACGAUAUCCAGUUGAAGGAAGAAGUCGACAGAAAUUGGGGUGAAAUUAGAUCGGGACAUUACAUGUUCGACAGACUCACCAGAGAAAUAGAGCUUAUAAAAAAAUUGACAGCGCCUCAAGUUUUAAAAUGGUUAAUCGAUCAUUCCGUUGGUGGGUGUAAUUUCAAAAAGUUAACGGUCCAAGUAGUCGGAAAUGUGGGUUUACCGCUUGUAGUCAAAAAAUCAGACGAAGAAACAGAUGAUGAAACCGACGAUAAAGCAGAAGAUAAAACCGACGAAAAAACGGAGACUGUCAAUAAUCCUCAGCCGUCCCUAACCGAAGAUUAUUCAUUGACGUACUUGACGGACGAAAGAGAAACUCUGACUCCGAGGCCCGAGGAAUACUACAUCACCGAUAUCAACCAAUACAAGGAACAGCUGCCCGUUUGGCGAACGACUCAUUUGUCGCGCGAUCGAGCGUAGAACCAAAAGAAAAAUUAUUGCGACACACCGCCGUUUGAUUCGGAAAUGACACUGAUUCACCUGUUUGUAUAUUUAUCAAAGAAACAAAAAUUAAAUCAACACAUCGAACUUGAUCAACUUCA